UGAUCCAGACUAACAAAAAGCGCUGGCCUGACGCUGUGCUCGCUUAAGUAUUCCUCGUCGAUCGAAAAACUAGACAAACCUGUGAUGGCGUCAAAUUCGUUUGAUUGAUCCAGUGUCUUCGUUCUCUCGUCAUGAGACCUCAUGGUACGCGGUCAUACCACAACACCGCCCUCCAGAAAUCAUAUAUAAUUCGAUGCACCAGCACCUUUGCUUCUCAUCAACCUCAGCUACAUCCUUACGUUCACUUUUAGUUGUCUAUCCUCUACCUCACUUUCGUCAAUCUAUCCUCAGAUUAAUAACAUGCAGUUGACACUCUCUUCUAUCUUGUUGUCUAUUGCCGCUUUCUCCACCGCUGCAAGCGUUCCCAUUACCCCAACGAUGUGCGCUGAAGCUAGUCGAUUUGGAAAUCCAAUCUACUCGCCCAGCACGGUUGCUCCAGGAGCUUCUAUGCAAAUCCAAACGGACUUCACUUGCUCCUUCUACUUCGGUAUCCACCCUACUUACACCGACUACUACAUUGAGGUUCCUACCAACAACAGUGGAUACGAGCCAAACAUUCUUCUUGCUCGCCGCCAACCCAAUGUUACCGCGUCCUCGCCCAUCGACAAGUUUACCGUCACAAUUCCUGACGCGACCUAUACCUCUGGUGCAAACUACGCUGUGGUUUUGGACGUUACGUACCCAAUCAACGGGACAAAUGGCACGCCCGUAUAUGUUGUUGGUGGUGUCGAGGGUGGGAUCACUAUUACUUAAAUACGGUGGUAUGGCUGGUAUCUGCACAUUAGCUGAUUGAUUUGUGGUACCUCUCUUAAUGACUUGCGUCGGGUAGACUCUAUGGACUUCGGUUAUUAUUUGGUUAAUAUAAUACAUUAUUGGUUGAAUGUGGUCGUGCUUGCUAAUUCCAAUAUUCAAUAUCUAUGGUUCACCUCUGUU